CAAACGGUUUCCAGAGAUGGAUUAUCUUACUUUCUUCUUGGCUAUUCUUCACGUAUACAGAGCUCUAUGCGAAGAGAUGUUUUGGGACACAACUGUUAAACUUGCUGAGAAUAUGAGUCUAGAGUGUAUCUAUUCAUCACUGGACACCUUAACUCAGAUGGAAUGGCUCAAGAUCAAUACAACAAACAGAGAGCUCAUAGCCAUUUUCAGCCCUACCUAUGGUUUGAGUGUAAGACCACCCUAUACUGAUAGGGUUUAUUUUUUAAAUUCCACCAUGGCAUCUAAUGAUAUGACCCUGUCCUUUCAUAACGUCUCUGAGGCCGAUGUUGGCUUCUACUCCUGCUUUCUUUAUACUUUCCCACAUGGACAUUGGGAAAAGGUGAUCCAGGUGGUUGCAUCAGAUAAUUUUGAGAUCGCUGUGCCAUCAAAUAGCCACAUCGUCUCAGAACCUGGUAAAAAUGUCACGCUUACCUGUCAGCUACCACAGAAGUGGCCAAUACACCAGGUUAUGUGGGAAAAGAUCCAGCCCCAUCAGAUCGACCUCUUGACUAGCUGCAACUUGUCCCAAGGGAAAAGUUAUACUUCAAAGUACCAAAGACAGAUACUCAGUGACUGUAAUCAGGGCAUGAGAAGCACCUUCAUCAUCAUGCCCCACGUUAUGGCCUCUGACUCAGGACUUUACCGCUGCUGUUUCAAGGCCCAUGCAGGGGACAACGAAACCCCUGAAAUGUUCGCAAUGAGGUUGACUGUAACUGAUGGUAAAACUGAUAACCAGUAUAUUCUCUUUGUGGCUGGAGGGGCAGUUUUAUUGUUGCUGUUUGUUAUCCUAAUUACCAUCGUCGUUGUCAUUUCUUAUAACAGGAGAAGGAGACAGAAAAAACUAUUUAAACAACCCUGGGAUGCACAGAAUAAGGCAGCCAACAACUACAGAAAUCCCGACUCUACCAAUCAAUCAUCGGAUGGUGCAAGAGAGGAUAUUUAUGUCAACUACCCAGCCUUCUCUCACAGGCCAAAGACCAGAAUCUAAGUUUUUUCCUUGAUCUGAGCAAAUUUAUGAUGACUGUUAUGUAUGUGGAUCUUUAUAUAAUUUUUUCUCACUACUCAGUGCCUACCCUGGAUACCAGUUGGUUGAAUUUAUUUAAUUUGAUAGGAAAAAUACUUUAUAAUCUGGAGAGCAUUCUUAACAGAAAUGUUUCAGAAAACCUGACUCUAAUUAGUGUAUACAUAAAGGGAAACUUACUGAGUCAUGUAAUGGAAGAAUCCAGGGGAGAGAUCAAGCUUCAGGCAAGGGUUAUUUACCAAGGUUUAAAUGUCAUGUCUAGAAUUAAGUUUGGGCAUAAACCCGUUUCUGGGCCUCCUUUCGUGGAGUUGGAUCCACUUUAUUGGUGUUAGCCUAACUCUUAUUCAUGUGUUUCCCUUGUGUUUCCAACAACUCUUGGCAAUUCAUAAUCCUUGUUUCUGCCUGGUAGAGAGUUGACUUCUCUGAUAAAGCAAACAAAUUUGGUUAUUUGUCCAUCAUUAAACAGGCAUUAUGGCUGGAAAGGAUGAAAUGGCUUAAGUCAAUUAAGGGUUGACCUCUAGAACCAGGACUGAGGCCAAAGCACAUUACCAGGAAAUUCAGGGUAUCAUUAGAGGAGGGAAAUGGGGCCUGGAAGCUGCGCUGGUGACCAACAAAUGUGCACAGCAAUGCCAUUCCCAAACAUCUCUUAUUAACCAACUAAAAAGAGAAUAUGUGGAUGUAUCUGGGUUAGCUUUCUCUCUCCCCACUUUAAAAUCUGCUCUAUCAGCAUAGUCCAGCAGAGUAGUUGGCAGCAGAAUAAAUGAAUGGUCAAGAGGAAGACAAAUGUGACAGGGAAAUCUCUUCACUCUCUGUUAUCAAAUAAAGUAAUCCCUGAUUCCACAUGGAAUUCUUGCCACUCUCCCUGGCUUAGCUUUUUGAGCAAGUGUAGUAGAUGGUCCAAUAAUAACUUAAUGUUUUUGAUACUGAAUUUUUCUACUUCUGAGAAUUAUUUCAAAUAUGUAAAUCGUUUCAAAAGAGUCAGACAUCUAGGCAUUAUUAGUGUUUUUUUAAAAAAUAAUUAUGGGAAAUCUGAAUAUAAGAAAAAGAAUGGUAGUUGGAAGUGUGGUUUGGGUUGUGGUAGAAACAUGAGGGGGAGGAACACUGGGGUGCUAUAGGGAAGAAGGAACAGGGAAAAAAGAAUGGGAAGAUACAGAAAUAACCUUGUCUUGCUUCACAGUUUGGCCAAAGACAACCCUAGCGAUAUCAAUACAGAGCAAUUAGUGGCCAUCCUGUCAUUGUUCAAAUUCUAGUUGGGGUCAAAUGAAGAAAAGUAGUCCUGAAGCUAAAUAACGGUCAUGAUCACCUUGAAACCACAAUGGUCAUUACCAAAGAUAGCGAUCAUUCAUGUCUCAAAUAUUUAUUACUCAUCUCUAAAACAUUCACCACAAAAAUUGCAUGUAAGUAUCAAAGUUGUAGAUUUUUAUAAUCUUAAGUGAACCAAACCAAAUUCUCAUGUUAUCUAGGAAGAUUUGAAGCUGUAAUUUACAGUUUUAGGCGAGUCAGUGGCUAUUUUAUGACAAUAGCUUUAACUACUAUGCACGCCCAAUGUGUAGUGAUUCUGUGAAUCACAGAAAUUAUGAGUGCCCCUGCCUGCUUCAGAAAGGAAAAAGUAAAAAUGUCCACUUCUCGUGAGGUAUUUCCAAAUUCUCAAUGACUAAUAUGGGUGAGAAGGAAAGCAUUUCUACCAAUGCAAUAUGGGGAAAUGGAAAUUCCACUUGAACAGAGGAGAUGAUGUGUUUGGGGGCGGGGUGCACAAUACAACCAGAUGCCAUUGUCCUGGAGGUUUCACUCAUGGAAGAAUUCUGCAGCAGAGCCUGCAGACCAUUUAAAACCAGUCUCUUUCUCCAUGAAUGUUUUGCUUUUUCUUUAAUCUGUCACUCAGAAUAUUUAUGAGAACUAUAUCCUCUGUCCCUCUUCUUCGUGUAUUCUUCCUCUGCAGAGCUCAGGAUUUUUCAGGCAUUUGGAACCCUUCUAAGUCCUGCUGGAAUUUCUCUGUCCCCCCCAUCCCACCCACUGCCGCUGGUCCUGUUACACUCUCAGCUGUUCAUGCUGAUGAAAUUCUCACUAAUUUCCUUUCCCUGGACAUCUUUACUUAUUAACAAAGCACUUUCAUUAUUGUCUGUUUAAUAUCAUUCCUAAUUUGCUAGAGUUUCAUAACUCUACCAUAUAUA